UUCUUCAUCGACUUCUUUGGUUUAUAGCCACGAGGUUUUUAGAAAUAUUUCAAUUUAUUAGUGAAAUAUAAACAAAAACUACAUUUUCUUUGGACAAAAUGCCACCUAGUAAUUCUCUACCACCCAAAGAAAAUGCUCUCUAUAAAAGAAUUUUGCGGUGUUACGAGCACAAACAGUACAAAAAUGGGUUGAAAUUCGCAAAGCAGAUACUGUCGAAUCCUAAAUUUGCAGAGCAUGGAGAAACAUUGGCUAUGAAGGGCUUGACCCUGAAUUGUCUUGGACGUAAGGAUGAAGCAUAUGAGUAUGUCCGGAAAGGUCUCCGCAAUGACCUGAAGUCCCCAGUGUGUUGGCAUGUCUAUGGACUCCUUCAGCGGUCUGAUAAGAAGUAUGAUGAAGCAAUCAAAUGUUACCGCAAUGCCCUCAAAUGGGAGAAGGAGAACAUCCAAAUCUUGCGAGAUCUUUCACUUUUACAAAUUCAAAUGCGUGAUUUGGAAGGUUACAAGGAUACGCGAUACCAACUGUUUAUGCUCCGACCAACACAAAGAGCAUCCUGGAUAGGUUUUGCAAUGAGCUACCAUCUCCUCGGUGACUAUGAAAUGGCCAACAGCAUUUUGGAUGCUUUCCGUACAAACCAAAUGAAAGGCCCGUACGAUUACGAGCAUUCAGAACUGCUUCUGUACCAGAAUAUGGUAUUAGCUGAGUCGGGGCAGUACGAGAGGGCGUUGCAACAUCUCCAUAAGUUCCAAAGUCAAAUACUUGAUUUGUUAUCUGUGAAGGAAACCUCUGGGGAGUAUUUAUUGAAAUUAAAGAGGUUCAAAGAAGCGGAGUCGGUGUACGAGGAUCUAUUGAAGAGGAAUCCGGAAAAUGUAAUGUACUAUCAUAAAUUAAUAGAAGCGAAGCAACUCGUCGAACCCGAUGAGAAAGUGGCCUUCUUCGAUAUUUAUAAGAAAGAAUACCCCAGAGCGAUAGCGCCUAGACGCCUUCAGCUGACCGAGGCGCGGCAGGACGCGUUCGGACGGCUGGUGGACGACUACCUUCGUCACGGGCUGCAUAAAGGCAUCCCACCUCUAUUCGUGGAUCUCAGAUCGUUAUAUGUAGACCAAAGCAAAGCAGAUACGAUAGAAAAGUUAAUUUUACAAUACAUAGAGAAUUUAUCAAAGACUGGCAAAUUUAGUGCGGACGCGAGCGAGGUCGUCCAACCCGCUAGCGCGUUACUAUGGGCGUACUAUUACGCGGCGCAACAUUUCGACUACAAAAAAGACACUGACAGAGCUUUGCAUUAUAUAGACGCGGCAAUUGAACACACUCCAACGUUGAUUGAACUGUUUAUUGUUAAGGGAAGGAUAUAUAAGCAUGCCGGCGACCCAAUAUCAGCAUAUCAAUGGUUAGAAGAGGCGCAAGUCAUGGACACGGCAGAUAGAUAUGUAAAUAGCAAGUGCGCCCGCUACAUGCUGCGAGCGGGGCAUGUGAAGCAGGCGGAGGAUAUGUGCGCCAAGUUCACCAGGGAAGGAGUGCCGGCCACGGAGAACCUGAACGAGAUGCAGUGCAUGUGGUUCCAGACGGAGGCCGCGCUCGCCUACCAGCGCACGCAGCAGUGGGGGGAGGCGCUGAAGAAGGCCCAUGAAGUGGACAGGCACUUCUCAGAAAUAAUGGAGGACCAGUUCGACUUCCACUCGUACUGCAUGCGCAAAAUGACACUCCGCUCGUACGUUGGCCUCCUGCGAUUGGAGGACGUGCUGCGCUCCCACCCCUUCUACUUCAGAUGCGCAAGAGUCGCGAUACAGGUGUAUUUGAGGUUGUACGCGUGCCCGCUGCAGGCUGUGCAGGCUACCACCGAACCUGAUACAGAAAACCUUGCGCCGUCAGAACUGAAGAAACUUAGGAAUAAACAAAGGAAAGCAAAACGCAAAGCCGAACAAGAGAGUGCGUUGGCCGCGCAAGUACAGGUGAAACGCGAGCAGCAUCACAAGGCGCGGCAGCAGCAGGAGCAGGGAGACCCUGAGGCGCCGCAGCUGGACGAGCUGAUCCCGGACAAACUUGCCAGGGUAGAGGACCCAUUAGAACAAGCAAUCAAGUUCCUAUUGCCGCUGAGAACAUUAGCGGCGGACCGAAUCGACACACAUUUAAUGGCCUUUGAAAUAUACUUUAGGAAAGAAAGACCCCUGUUAAUGCUACAAAGUUUGAAGCGGGCGUGGCGGCUGAACAGCGAACACCAUCACCUCCACGACUGCCUGCUGCGGUUCCAGGGUUACCUGGAGACGUCGAAAGCUGACCUGAACCCUCACGUGUUGUGUGUUAUCAAUGCUGAGACCCAACCAAUGUUCCGCGGCCGCAGCGCCGUACAAAUGGCGGAAGAGUUCGUAUCCGGCGCGGGACAGAAGUCGCAGUGCGGCGCGCUGUGGGGCGCGCGCGCGUUACUGCGGCUGCGGCCCGACAGAGCCUCGCAGGCGCGCCAGCUCGCCACCAGGCUCGACUUCCCCGAUACAGACAUACAGGGCUGCGUGGAAGUAUUAGAAAGCUUGCGAGCCGGCGAUUUCGGCGAGUGCGAGAAAGAGACAGAAGAAUACGUCGAGGCGUGUCGCGUCAAGUAUCCGUACGCGAUCGCGUUCAAACCGCCCGCGCCCGAGAACCAUGCGGAAGAAACGGAAACCAAGGAGAACAACUAGUUUAGAACAACAUUAGAAUAUACCCCCAGGUAUGUGACGUCACAACUCGCAAGCUGAGAAACUUCUUGGAAUAGAUUUACUUUUUUUUUUCUAUUUUAGAACAUUAUUUAUAUGGCCAUGAAAGAUCUGCAAGAAACGUAGCGAGUGGAAAUUUAAUGUGUUUUUUUGUCGUGAUAAUAGAUGUAUAUGUGGCCACGGUAGAUAAUUCAGAGUCCAAAUCCUCAGUAAAUGUAUCAGGGCAUAAGAGUUACUAAUACUUCUAAUAGAAUAACCUUUUUUUUUCAGCUAAAACCAAAUUUAUAAUUAGGAAUAAAGUGACGUUUGUAUACUUGUUUCAUAAUGUUAUUGGUUUGAAUAAAAGAUAAAUUUGACAUUUCUAAGUAGCGUUUUAAUAUUGUCAGCUUUUACUUUCACAAAAUAAACGGAACAAAUCGUGAAUACCUCGAAAAAAUUUAUGAGAAUGACUUAAUGAUUGACCUUUUCGGAGUUAAAUUAACUUAGUGUAUUAGUUUUAUACACAUUUUAUAUAAAAAAAUAUUGGAAACUAAACUGCAGGUAAUGAUCGAUGACACGUAUUACAAGACUUCAAAAAACGCAUAGCUAUGUAUUCCCGUUUAUAUUUGAAAAUGAGAUAUGCUUUAUCGCUUAUUACAUGACUAUAUUGUCAUACUUCACAAGAAAUCAAACAUAUUUUGUGACUCUGCUUCUCGAAUUUGAUGUUUUAUUGAUUUGGCAAUUUGAUGUUAAUUUUUCUCACUAGAUGAUGAUGGCAUUAGUAUUAUACUUGGCGUCUUGUCACUGUCAAAUAUAAUGUUUUUUUAGUUCUGAUUUUAAUACAUUAAAAAGCGAAGUAUCUCUGGUUUUUAUCAUCAUGAUAGUUCAAGGUCACGGUAGAAAAACGUUACGUUCGUUGACACUAGUACUUAUGGUUAAAAAUUGUUGAAAAUUGUAGCCUUAACAUCAAACAGUGUCAAAUAUGUUAAAAGCUAUACACGUUAAAGCUUAAGUACUAACAUCUGGUGUAAGAUAUUUUGACAAAUCGUCAAUGUGAGAGUGAUUAUGGGCAUAAUACAAAAAUAUUUCAAACAUUAGAGUGUUUUGUUUUUAAAUUAACAUGUAUUUUGCUCUUUCUCGAAACGGUGAUUUUAAAUGUUACUGAUUCAGUGUAUGGCCAAUUAUACUAUGAAUUUAUUAUAAAGUUGGAAAAUGAUAAAAUCGUUACCAUUGUGCCGUGGAGCUCGACAAAUUACCUGUACUAAAUAACUUCUUUGAGGUUAAAGCCCUUUUUGUAUAAACAGCAGAAAUGUUAAAAAUACAAAUAAAAGAAUAUCACCCGUAUGUCUCCACUUACUAGGUUGAUUUAAACCCAAAUUAAAAAGGAAAAACUGACUGCUGACGUAACAUAAUGUAGCAAUAAAAAUUGUAAAAAAAACAUGAAAUGUUCUAAAUCUUAACAUUUUUUGGAAUUUUAUUAAGGCUCCCAAAAAUUUUAUCUUACUUGAAAAUCUGAUUUUAUUUAUUCUCAUCUAAUUACAGUAUAAAUUCAUUGGCAAUAUACUAUGUCGUACUUUGUUAUGUUUAGUAUAAAUAAGAUACAUCAAUUCUUUGUUUGUAUGUAUCUGCGUUCCUUAGUAAUAUUGUAAACAAUUUUAUCAGCAAUAAUAUGGAAAUAUACAUAUAGUUAAUAAUUAAAAGACUGUUUAGAAAAGAAUUUUUGUAUUUGAGAAUACAAAACAAAAUGAACCUUUACAAUUUAAUAUUAUGAUGUCUGUAAGAAUAUGAAGAGAAUAAUGUAACCAUUUUUUACUAUUCAUCCAUAUAUACGUCAAAAUUACAAAGUGAAUAUUGUUAACCCAUUGUUUGAUAUUGAGACCUAGAACAAUCGAAGUAAUCACAAACAUUGUGUGACAGGGAUCUGCGUAUACCAAAUAACUUUCGACUGAAACGCCUGACAAUUUUAUUACACCUAGUAAUGUUUAUACAUUAAUUUUUAAAUAACACACACUCGGGUUUUUUAAUAUGCAUUUUGUAAGAAUUUUAUCGUACUUUUAUUAUUUAAAAAGUCACACCGCCGCAUAAAAUUUUAACUUAAUUUUGUGAUGAUAAUUUAUUCAUCCUCUAUCUCCAUUAUUCAUCAUCUAUAUAUAGUAUCUCCUGGGCGAUUCGAUCAAACUUUUAGUUUUAAUUUUAUUUGUGACCUAGUGCAGGCGCGGCCAACGUUUUUGUAAAUUAUUCAUAUCGCUUAAAUUUAACCCAGUAUGUAUAACAGAAGCAUGUACACUUCUUUCUUGAAGCUUUUUGUAAGUGAUAGCAACAUAGUGAUUUUCUUCCUUGCUAUCCUUGACUGACUUUGCUUCACUGACAUAUAUAUGUAUAAUCCUACCGUCAAUUGAAAAACGUCAUUGGCUAGAGCGAGAAAGGGUGACCUUUUUUUAGCAAAAAAAGGUCACCCUUUCUCGCUUGUUGGUUUGUUUAGCAAAAUAUUUUGUAUUUCGACUUGAAUUCAUUGUGUUUAGUGGUUGCGUUGAACGGCAUUGAGUAUAUAUGAAGUUUUUAAAAAUAAUUUUUAGUAAGCCCCUUGGACGAUAUUCAUGAGAAGACUAACCAAGUGUUCGGUGAUUUUGUAAUAUGAAAUAAAUAAUCUCAUAUACUCUUUGUAAUGAGGAAUUGUUUUCUUGUGCCGGACACCUUUUGUGAAACAUUUUUUAUCUAUUUAGAUAAACAUUUGAAUUAUAAGAUAGCGAACAUAGGAAAUUUACAUUUAAAAAUAGUAAUGGCGAUUCGGACAACCGCAUCACAGCCUUAAUCUAGUCUGCGCCUGCGCGUAUACGCCAUGUUGUAAUGGUACCACAACAACAAUUUGUACAAAAAUCCAGUUGAAAUAAAUUAGUGUACAUUAUUUCAAUAUUUAAUGUAAGCGUUUUGUCUGAAGCCUUUGUAAUCUCUCUUAAAUUCUCUGUAAGGGCUUGGACACAGUGGUGACAUAGAUACCAAAACAUUAUAGUGUUUUUUUUUACUAAGCGCAUUCAUCUCUUCUAUGUUUACACUGUGGCCAUGCAAAGCUCGACGCGGGCUGACAAGUGUUCAUCGUUGUUCGAAUAAACGUCGUUAUUUUUAAAGUUUGUAACGUUCAAGACUCGUUUUAUAAAUAAUAACGUGUAUAAAAACGUGUGGCAAACGCUGUUACCUCACGCAAUACGAAACACGAGGUACGCUUUGUAAAUAAUACUUAUAUAUUUAAGUCUGUACUAUAAUAUAACAUGUUAGUGAUUCGGAAGUUUUUGAAUUGACAGCUGCCUGGCUCUAGAAUAGUUGAUGAUACGGACUUACUUGGAUUUGUUUUGUUUAAAAUAAUUUGUGGCGGCCAGACAAUAAUUGUAAUAUUGAAUACUCGGUAUGUAGGCAACUUUGAUUUAAUUGCGCAUAAUGGCGACGCAAAAUAUGCGCUAGCCGCACUGUGUCAUUACCUUUAUCUUUUAAAACAAAGACUGUGCUCAAAUUGUAUGGAAAUAUUUUUUUUGUUUACUUUUUCACUAAGAAUUUUUAUAUCGUCCAAAAUGGUAUACUGAAGCAAGACAUAAUAAAGUUAAAAUUAAUGCUCUGGUUCAUGUGUUUGAUCUGUAAAGACGGUAAAAUUGUUGAAGUUCAUAACCAAAAAUGUUUUUUUUUUAUAAUUCUGGGUAAAAUAUUAUUUUGUUCUUUGCUACAGUCGGACUAAAAAGUUAUGGAGUAAUUUUUUUUUAUUUCAUCCCUCUGGAAAAACGACUCUGAGAAUGUAAAUUGCACAUUUUUUAACGGUUUAUAUCUCUCAAUUGUAGACUUCGACAACCGUUGUCAUGUUUUAAUUAAUUUUACAAACACGUAUUAUGUCGUCAUCCCCCAUGGGGGUAGACAGAUGCGAAAAGUAUAAACUGGUAAAAACUGUGCAAAUUACAAUAUAUAAAAUAAGUAAUAGUACACGCUGAGAAAUGUCAUAAUUAUGCUUUAUCCGCGCACCGGUUGAAAGUCGUUCGAUUGAGGACCUUGUUUACAUUAAUUGUUUUAAGUCGAGUGUUCGAAGUAUUGUCCCUGUCAUCUUGUAAAUAAAGUAAUAAAAUUUAUUUUACAAAUUUG